AUGCCUUGCAUUUCCUCCCGACCAAUAACUCUCCGCAAUUUCAUCUCUCGUCUCCGGGAUCAAGCCAUUGAAACGGCCGAAAAAGAGGCGUUGCAAGCUUGGGGCACGACUGCCGUCGACGCCUGCCUCAGCACGUCUAGCAUACCGCAGUUGGCAUGGGAGGCUGCGCGUCUCUCAGAAGUGCUGAUCCCCAAUGGGUGGAUCAAGCUGCUGCGAAAUCUCGUCAACGCGAUCAUUGUCGGCAGCACAGAUGGAACUUCGCUUUCCCCGGCCCUUCUACGAUCGCUGGCGUUCAUGAUUCGACAGCGAGAGGGCCAGUGGUCGCCGGAGAGUACGGAGAUUCUGGGAGCGCUGUUCUCGAGCCUGAAAGUGCGGUUGGAGCAAGCAGAUAGACUGGGUGGAUUGGUGGAUCGGAAAUAUGAACUGGUAUGCGUGCUAGGGGUAGUGAUCGAUGCCAUGGUCGACAUCGGCGUGUCGACCAUCAGCCACGAACAGUUAUACAAGCCGUUGAUUGCCCUGCUUGAUGGCUUCAGCCACGAUCGUGAGCUUCAUGUGGCCCAGGCUGCCGCCUACACCGGACAAGCCUUGCGGGGGAUCCAGGAUGAUGAUACCGUCGGCAAAGCAUCCUUGCGGGGGCUGCUGCGGGCCAUCGACCUCGCAAUGACCGUUUCCGGCGCGGUCUCCUCUGUGGAUCCGAGCAAAAUCUGGGAGGCAGUCAAGUCUGGCAUAGAUGGAGCUUCGCGACUCCGUGACUUCACCUGGGACAUGUUUAAGAAGCGGACGGGGAAGUCUUGGUAUACCGCCCUACGAGCGACCAGUGUUCUCAUACGCACGCGGUCCUGGGAUGAGCUGAGCAAUUUCAUCCAACAGGCAGAAUGUAGAGCCAAUAAGGACUUUCUUUGCGGCUUGUAUGCCCAACUGGAUCUCAUCAGCCAGCUUAUCCCUCCGGAUCAGAUACAACGCAUCUAUAAGAGCAUUCCCGAAAGCAAGUAUGACCGUGUUCAAGCCUGGAGAAUGCACACUGUUUGUGCGAUCAAGGAACAAACCACCCCCCCUGAGCAAAAACUAGCCAGUACACUAAAGAGAACGAAAACAUACGAUUGGUCACUUAGAUCAUGCGGAUGGGAGGACGUCGGACAAGACCUUUCCAGUGACGGCAGCGCCCUUCUCGAUGAUUCCUACCGGAAGUGCAUGCCGGCUCGAGAAUAUUACACCAAGAAUGCUUUGUUGGAAUUUUACACUCAGGAUGAUGAUAAACGACUGCAGAUUCAGCGUUUAUCUGGGGAUAGACUCCCUGUGGAUCACUGUUACAUCAAUCUCAAUGUCGUGGACUCCGAUCAAGGCGAUGAGGUGCCGCUGGAAAGCCUAUUUGAUUGUAGGGAACAGGGUGGCAGGAAGAUCUGGCCGAAAAAAAUUUUCAUCGAAGGACAGGCAGGUGUUGGCAAAACAACGCUUUGCAAGAAAGUCGUUCACGAUUUCCUGUAUCGAAAUCUGUGGUCCGAUUCCUUCGACUGGAUUUUGUGGCUGCCACUGCGACAUCUCAAGGGUAAACAUGCCGAUUCUUAUUCCAUUAAAGACCUAUUCCACCACGAGUACUUCUCCCAGCACCAGGAAUCGGCGCUCUUGGAAGACACUUUGGAUUCAAUCGUAGCCUGGAAUAGCGCUCGGGUGCUCUGGCUGUUAGAUGGCCUAGAUGAAGUCUCCCAAGACUGGGAUGCCGAUUCACCUAUGGGCCGCUUUUUGCAAACUCUGCUCAAGCAGCCUCAAACUAUUAUCAGUUCACGUCCAUACUCAACUAAGCAGCUAAGCGUGGUAAAGCAGGACUUGAAGUUGCGAACGGUGGGCUUUCACGCUGAGCAAAUUGAGAAGUACAUACGAGCCAAAGAAAUCCACCCAGACCCUGAGACAGCGGACAAGAUCUGGGAGUUCAUUGACGAGCAUUCGCGAAUUAGAGAAAUUGCACAGAUUCCGGUUCAACUCGAUGCUCUCUGCUACACUUGGAAAGAGCCUCUGGGUAAUAGCAACACAGCCAGGACUAUGACUACCAUCUACCAGGCGAUCUGCGUGGAGCUACUACGGAAGGACCUGUGGCGCAGGGAGAAAAGAAUCGACGGCAGAACCCUGACAGAACAACAGACGGAAGAGCUGUCGGAGUUCGAGGUGCAGCUACACAUGCAGGAGGAAAUCAAUCUCCUCGAGGCGCUGGCCUUCCAUGGCCUACUCACCAACAUCAUUGAUUUUGAUGCUCCAUUCAAGAGUUCUUCGCUGCCCGAUUUUUCGCGAAACACUGGACCAGCCAAGCCACGAUACACAGCUUGA